AUGCGCUUCACCCCGGUCGUCGCCCUCCUCCCAGCGCUCGCUGUGGCUCAGGAGCAGGUUCCCCUUGCGGACCGUGUCCAGGGCUGGUUCAACAAGGCCAAGUCCUACUUGCCUACUGCCACCCCGGUCGCCCCCGCCGCUGCCGUUGUUGAGAAGGUCGUCGAGAAGACCAAGAUCCAGGAGAAGACCGUCUCCGAGUUCAACUUGACCAACUGGCAGUCCUACCUGGAGCCCGCUUCGGAGCCCCAGGACUGGUUGGUCUACAUCACCGGAGGAAACAAGACUUGCUUCGGUCGCUGUGACAAGGCAGACAAAGCGUUCAAUGAAUCCGUGCUUUUGUUCUCCGCCGAUCCCACCUCCCCUAACCUCGGUAAGCUGGAUUGCGAAAAGAACAAGGUCCUUUGCUCUGCUUGGGGUGCCGGUGCUCCUUCGGUCUGGUUCCUCCAGGUGCCCCAGGCCCAGCUUGGUGAGGAGCGCCCCAACACUCCCCUCCACACCGUCUACCUGAACUCGACCACCGUGACCCCGGAGACCAUCUACAAGGUCCACUCUGAGAAGGUCUGGGAGAAGGCCCCUGCCUACGACGGUCCUCUUCACCCCACGGACGGCUGGCUCGCUCAGAACAACCUUCUGCUCCCUCUUGGAUAUGUCAUCUACGGCUUCAGUGCCAUCCCCAGCUGGCUUUUCAUGAUCGGCAUCAGCUUCUUCAGCCGAGCCGUCGCCUUGGAAACGUCGGCGGCGCGCCCGCUCCUCGUCCGAACUAGACGUGCUAGAACAAUCAAUCCCAAAAUGUCCGACCUCGACCGCACCACCCCCUCCACAGCCGCCUACGUGGUCGCGACCGCCAUCCUCGCUGGUAUAACCGGCUACUUCAUCGGCCAAGGCAGCAGCCUCGGUCUUUUCAGCAACAAAGAAAAAGAAGGCUGGCCGAACAGCUACAACGUGAAACCGCACCUAGACUCGUCGGACGAAGACUACGAAUCUGAAGAAGAAGAGGACAGUGAAGAAGAAGGCGACGGCACGGAGCUCGCCAACUUCGACAGCUCCAAUGAAGAAGUGAAAUUGGUGCUUGUCGUGAGGACGGAUUUGGGUAUGACGAAGGGCAAAAUCGCCGCCCAAUGCUCGCACGCUACCCUCGCAUGCUACAAGUACCUGACAGCGUACACGCCGAACAGCGGCAUCCUGCGCCGGUGGGAAUCGCAAGGUCAGGCGAAGAUCGCGCUGCAGGUCAAGUCGGAGGAGGAGAUGGAGGAGAUGCAGGCUAAGGCGAUUAGUCUGGGACUUUGCGCCAGGGUGAUUACGGAUGCUGGACGGACGCAGAUUGCGAGUGGGAGCCGCACGGUGUUGGGGGUUUUGGGUCCCAAGAGUGUGGUGGAUUCGGUGACGGGGCAUUUGAAGUUGUUGUAA